CCCGUGUCAUGCCUCUCCCGGUGGGGCCUUACUGCUGGGUAUGAAGAGGUUGUCUGUGCAGCUGGUGGACUGCAGGAAAACAAUGGGGCUGAGUGGAACUGUGAGAGGAGGAGAAGAGAAGAAAGGAUCAGAUUUGACACAUCAAAAAUCCCUGUGCACCCAAGCCCCAGAGUUUCAGUUGCCCAGUGGGGGGCAGUCUGAGGUGUGGGAGACCCUGGGUUCCUUUGUGGCUCUGAACUGUACAGCCGUGAUGUCCUGGAACCAGACGGACCAACGGUGUGACGCUACCUCCCGGACUCUGCUCUGGAGCAAAGAUGGGACCCCUCUCAACCUCAGCCUUUACCCACAGAACACAUCCACCUGGACUCCCAGCCAAUCCCAAAUGAUUGUGAGCAGUGUGCUGCAGGUCCAGGUUAGAGAGCAGGCUGACUUUGGCCUCUACUCCUGUGAGGCGAGGAACACCUCUGCUGACUUCAGCCUGCAGAAUACCGCCCAGCCCAGCCACACAGCAUCAGUGAUAGCAGCCAUCAGUCUCUUCCUGAUCCUGACUAUAGCUGCUGUUGUCUACUCCAGGUGUCGUCUCAAUAUCAAACUCUGGUACAGGAACUCCUAUGGAGACUAUGAGAUCAAUGAUGGGAAGCUGCAUGAUGCCUACUUCUCCUAUGUCAACAAUGAACACGACAGAAAGUUGGUCAACUUCAUCCUCAAACCUCACCUGGUGAACAAAUCUGGACAUAAGCUACACCUCAGUGAUAACAACAUCCUACCUGGGGGUGAGCCGUCUGCUGAGUUCCUGAUGAACGUUAGUCACUGUCGGCGGCUCAUUGUAGUGAUGUCACACGCCUACCUAGAACAGGACUGGUGCUGUAACAACUUUAGACAGGGCCUUCUGCACCUGCUGGAGCUGUCCCAGAGGCCCAUCAUCAUCAUCACAUUGGAGGGUCAGGUCAAACUCAUGAGACCCGAUGUAGUCCAGCAAAUCAGAGAACAGCAACACAAACUCACCUUGCUCACCUGGUCGGGAUCACACUCCAUGGUGACUCAACCUAGCCUUGAACCUAACCCUUUAUUUACAUUUUAUUUCACCUUUAUUAUCUCCUCAUUCACCUUCUGGUUUCUUCCCCCCUUCUCUCCAGGCAUUCGUCUCCCAGUCUACAAGGCACUGGCAUCCAGAGCCCCUGUGCUGCCUAUGUUCCCCUCGGUCCCUGCAUCCCUGACUGAGCCCAAACUCUCGGAUAUAGAUGUAUCGGACCUGGGAUCGCGCAACUACGGAGCUCGCAAUGACUUCUACUGCCUGGUUACAGAGGACAACAUCUAAGACUGUAUAGCUUCUGAAGAAAAAAACAGAGAACAAGAUCUCCGACUUCUACUCUUCACUCUUCACUUCAGUCUGAAUGUAAAACAGGUUCUCUCACCAACACUAUCUACAACUUCCGGGUGUAUGUUUCAAAAGGAUAGAGGAGAGCAGGUGUUCCUAAUGUUUUGUACACUCAGUGUAUAUGUGAAAGGUUUAAAAUAUGGACAAAUCUCAAUAAACUGAUCAAAUCAAA